AUGUGUCUUAUUAAGGAUCUCAAACCGUUCCGAGAUGAAUGGCGUCUCACUCUGAAACUGCUUCAUUCCUGGAAACAAAUCACCAGCUAUGGAGGAGAUACUCUUGAGUGCGUCCUGGUUGACCAAACUGGUGCUAAAAUCCAAGCAUCAUGCAAGAGAUCUCAAAUAACUCGUGUUCAACGUUACCUACGUGUUGGUGAAUGGAAGGUCAUUGACACCGUGAAAAUAACUGGGGUAGGAGUGGGUCAAUAUCGACCUACGACGCAGCAGUACAAGAUGACAAUCAUAGGAGACACAGCAAUAACCCCUUCUGAUUAUCGGAAUGAUAAUCACUUCCUUAAUCUGGCUAACUACGACGAGAUUGGUAAUGGAAAGCUGAAACCCCAUUUUCUAAUUGAUAUCAUGGGACAGGUUACUGAUCUUGGACCAGUAGCUAUGGUCCAAGCUAAGGAAAAUGACACAAAAAGAGUUCAUUUCCGUUUGCGUGAUACAAGUGGUCAUGAAGUGGCAUGUUGCUUAUGGGGAAAAUAUGCUGAGCAAUUUGAAUGGGUGGAAGAAGCUAAUGAUGAAAGUAUUAUAUGCUUGAUAAGGUUUGCAAAAAUCAGCGAAAACAGAGGAGAAAAACAAAUAACCAAUGCAUUUGAUGCUUCACUUGUGUUUCUCAAUCCAACAAUGGAGGAAGCUAUCGAUUUUAAACAGAAGAUGUUGAAUGAUCCUCUUCCCCUAGCUAUUUUGGAUCAAAGUAAUGAAAAGAAGAUAAUCACAAGGGUUGCUCACGAUUGGAAUGAGGUAGACGUGAGAUGUAUUUCUGAGAUUUUACAGAGUUUUGAGGUUGACAGUUGCAAGAUCAUUUGUUCAAUUGAAACCAUUGACACAGACUGGAGUUGGUUCUAUUUUGGGUGUAAGAGACACAAUCUACGUCUUACUAAGAUUGGUAGGAAAUCUACUGAUAGGUCUUCAAACGAAGAUGACAGUGAAAUCAAGAUGGUGCUUGAUUGCGUCGAUGUAGCCUUCACGACAUGGUCGUACAGUAGAAAGAUAGUCACCUUAUAUUGUGACGUUAACAUCCAAUCCGCACCUCGAAAAUUCGUCGAAACGAAUUCCGCUGCAUUUUCAGGCCCCAAAGGGACCGCUCCACAAGAUAGCAAGACGGUUAUAUAUAUGGACAAACACCCCCAUAAGGUUGGAGGGAAAGCACUCCUUAAAAAGGAAGCAAAGGAUGAUGAUGAUGGUCCCGGUGAACCCACCGGUAAAUGA